AAUUUAAUUAUUUUUUUAAAUUUUUCCUUAUCGUGAUCGCCGAUAAUUGUCGUUGCUGUUUACGAGUUGAAAUUGACAGCAUCGAUCGCGACAGACAAAGCGUCAUUGAUAAUCGUCGAAGGCAGCGGGCUCGCGGGCUAAGUAACGAAUGAUGAUUUAGUGGCAAGAUCAAGUGAGUGUCGUGUGAAAGGAAAAGUGUGCGGGACGUUCGGCGGCGGAAAAGCGCGCUAGUUGCCAGACGCCAGUUUCUCAGUGAGCGUGCACUCGCCGCACUUACACGGGGCACUGAUGGAGAAUAAUCGACCGGCGAGAGGGAUCGAGCUGUGAUUUUGAUCGGAAUAAUGCGAAGCCUGGAUAGGCUAUCGGGUAGCGACCAAGACUGCGGUGAUCGGGAAAUGUACAUCGACCUGGACGACGCCUCCGUUGACUCGCUUACCGGCAAACGUACUCGCCACCAUGUCGCGGAGGUGGGCGAGGAGAGCGACAGCAGCGGAAGCGAGAGGAGUCCGAAGCAGGCGAAGAGAAAAAAUCGCGGCAGCGCGCCGACCACGAGGAGACGGAAAAGCGGAAUUUCCGCGCGGGAGAGGAACCUGAGGAGGCUCGAGAGUAACGAGAGAGAGAGAAUGAGAAUGCACUCCCUCAACGAUGCCUUUGAGCAAUUACGCGAGGUAAUACCACACGUAAAAAUGGAGAGGAAGCUCAGCAAGAUAGAAACGCUCACGUUGGCUAAAAAUUAUAUAAUAGCACUGACGAAUGUCAUAUGCGAGAUGCGCGGCGAAGAACAGCCGUACACAUUUGUCGAUGGCGAAUGCGGUUCCAGCAGCGGUGACAGUACCGGCCAACUAGAAUUAAGCGGGGGCGAACAACCGGACGAAUCAUCCCCCGCGUCGAUUCACGAGACCAACAACAACAGUCUUCUCCACGAAGAUCUAGAACGCAGGAUCUAAGAAAAUUCGAUCUAAACGACACGUGUCGGGACAUGUACACACAAUCACAUACACGCGCACACAUACACGCACAGACUCUGUGAUAAACUAUCAUAUUAGUGCCUUUCGUAGAGACAGCAAUCCGCGACGAUUCGCUCAUUCCUCGCCAUGGAUCUUCGUAGAUUGUCGUACGUUUUCGAAAAAUCCGUGCAACAAAACGAUGAUUCCGCAGGGAUGCAAUAAAAGAAACGCAAGAAUAGGAAGAAGAAUAGGAAAAUGAAUAGAAAGAGAAAAAUAAGAUAAACAUAACGAAAUAUAGCAGACUGAAUGAAGAAUGGGCAAGACAAGAAAAAGAGAAAAAUAGAAAGAAUACGCGUUUUUAGAUACGUAAUACACGGGACGUUUCCGAUCUAGCGCAUAAUCCUUUUCAAAGAGAGAUUUCUCGAAGAGUCGAGAUGUCCUUAGAAGAAGUUUUAUAGAAAGCCAUUAUUUUUAUAAUUUAAUUUCUAUUUACUACGCUAGAAAAAUAUCUUAACAGCCAAACUCCUAAGAUUCCAUUAUAAUUAUAUUUGUCUAAAAUGAGGAACAACAUUUUAGACAUUAUAUUUUUCUUACGUUGUUGAAUUCGUAAAGAGUUUAGCUCGUUAUAAAAAAAAAAGAAACCGCUCAAUUCUCACUCCCUUUUAACUCAAGAAUGAGUAAUGCAAAAUGAAGCAGGUAGUAAAAUUCUUAUUAAUCUAUUUUCUUAUCUAGGGCUGAAAAAGAUAAUGUACUUCUCCAAAUAUCUAAGUAAUGACGUGUUCAGGUAGAACGUGCGUCUCGCUGUACAUAUAGAAUAUAUAUCGAGAGAGAAAGAGACAGAGUGAGAGAGUGAGAGAAAGAGAGAGAGAGAAAGAAAGAGAACAUAUCCAGAAAAUAUUUAUAUCGCAUGGCACAUCAAAUGCACCGUAAAAUAACGGUUGUGCAAAUUCACAUCGUGAGUUUUUCUGUCGAUUAAAUAUCGAUUAAUUUAUUCUUUUAUCAACAUUGCCGAUUUUUAGUGCAAAAUAUUAUCACGCUAGUUACAACUAUUACUAUUAUUACUAUUAC